UGUAUUAUUUAAAGUGCUAUUUGAUUUUUCUGUAAUGUUUUCCACGUUCUCUGGGAAUUCUAAUCUAAAUAAUGCAAGGAAUGGAUCAAAUAAUGUAUUACCAAGUGGUUACACGGAAAAUGAGGUUCAGGAAUAUAAGGAGUCUCUUAUAACUAAGGCAGAAGAGUUGUUAGUGAAAGGAUUUCCGGAGAAAAUAGUUAAAUUAAAUGAAUUAUUAGAGACACCUGGAUUUUGUAAUCGAAAGUUGUCAGAUGUACACCAAGACUUAAAUGUACCCAUUCCAGACCCUAUAAUUCUUAAUCAUUCCGAAGAAGCUCCUGCUACAAAAAAGCUUAAAUUGGACAAUAAUGGAGAAGAGACCAGUGGAACCAAAGUUCUGAUACUUCCAAGUGGUUCUGUUCCUUGCAAUAAAAAGUUGUGUGAUUUGAUUCACAUAGUUAAACCCUACAUUAGACAACUUUUGGAGGAUUCUAAUUUACUAAAAAUGUGGAUUUCUUUUUUAAUUCCAAAAAUCGAAGACGGGAAUAAUUUUGGAGUAUCUAUUCAAGAAGAUACAUUAUCUGAAAUUCAAUCAGUUGAAAGCGAAGCCGCAGCAUUUUUCGAUCAAAUUUCUAGAUAUUUUAUCUCUAGAGGAAAGAUUAUUAGUAAAGUUGCGAAAUAUCCCCACAUCAUUGAUUAUAGAAGAGCGAUUCAAGAAUUGGACGAAAAGGAGUAUGUAAGUUUGUGGCUUGUCAUGUGUGAAGUUCGCAAUCGUUAUUGUUCACUACACGAUCUCGUGAUCAAAAAUCUGGAAAAGAUCAAACGGCCACGUUCAUCCAAUGCACAAUCCUUGUACUAAUAGGUACGGUUUCACGCGCUGUACUUACGGAAUAA